GCUCGAGUCACUCGAGCGUCCGGAGAAAGGGAAGCGUCGCUUCGUUUCGCUUCGCCUCCCCCCUCCCGUCCGCUCCAGAGAAAGAACGGAGCCCUAGCCACCGCUCUCCCGACGGAAGCGAGCCUCUUCCCAGCCACCUGACGGCUCCAACAGUCUCCUUCUCCUCCUCGUUGUCGUUUCCGCUGCCUACCUUACCUCGAGGAGCCUCGAAGCCUCCGAUCUCGAAUCGCUAAAAUACUUUGUAACUGGAAAGAAGUAAGUGAAUGUUACUCUUGGUGGAUGACCCCUCGACAUACUUGGUCAAGCUUGGAGUUCUAUGAAAUAUAUUUCGCCACCUCCUGCCCAGAAUGCCAGGCUUACCUUUGGCAGUUCGUGAAACCACUUGCAGCCAUUCUAGGACUGCUGACCAGAUGUGCCGCCAGCAGUCUCGGGUUCGUUUGACUGCUGAAGAGCAACUUGCAGCUGAAGAAAGCCUUUCCGUUUAUUGUAAACCAGUUGAGCUUUACAAUAUUCUUCAACGCCGAGCAAUACGAAAUCCAUCAUUUCUUCAGAGAUGCUUGCAAUACAAGAUAGAGGCCAAGCGCAAACGGAGGAUUCAAAUCACUGUAUCACUUUCUGCGAGCAUAAAUGUUGAGGUACAACCACAAGAUUUGUUUCCUCUCUACGUGUUAUUGGGAAGACCUGUUGGUGAUGUUACAGAGCAUCCUGCGGUAUAUCAACUCAGUCGAGCUUGUGUGAUAACCACUUUCAAUGAAUAUGGAAAGAAAGAUCAAGUAGAAGCCAAUUUUGUUAUUCCUGAGAUUAAGAAGCAAGCAUCUGAUGCGCGAGUUCGAAAUCUCAACAUUAUCCUCAUCAGCAAUGGGGAACCAAAAGGUGCUUCCGGUGAAAAUCAUCUAUUGGUGGACCAUGAGGAACUCACUUCUUUUCCAACAGAACUUGAAGGGAAUUGCCUAUGGGGAAAAAUACCAAUAUAUUCGCUUUGUUCAUCAUUGGAGAAAUGUGUGACCUUGAGUUUAGGACAUAAAGCUGAGAUGCUUUCAACUGUUAAUAUGCACCCGAGCAGUUUGGAGCCUAAAUUUUUGAACCAGAACAACUGCAUGACUUUUCGUUUUCAUAACAUUGACUUUAUGAAUUCAUAUCAAGUGCAAGUGAGUAUAUGUGCGCAAGAGAUUGGAGCAAGAGAGACGUCUCCUUAUGAUUCUUACUCAUAUGAUGAUGUUCCAACAUCAUCAUUACCCCAUAUUAUCCGAUUGAGAACAGGAAAUGUCCUCUUUAACUAUAGAUACUACAACAACACACUGCAAAAGACUGAAGUCACCGAAGACUUCUCCUGUCCAUUUUGCUUGGUGCAAUGUGCAAGCUUCAAGGGUUUAAGAUAUCACUUGACUUCCUCCCAUGACCUAUUCAAUUUUGAGUUCUGGGUAACCGAAGAGUACCAAGCUGUGAAUGUUUCUGUGAGGACUGAUACAUGGAGAUCUGAGGUUAUAUCUGAUGGAGUUGAUCCAAGGUUGCAAACCUUUUUUUCUGCUCAAAGUUUAAGAGGCGUCGAAGAUCAAAAAAAUCUGGUUCAGAAUGUAAGCCAUGUUCAUCCACAUGUUUUGGAGUCAGAAUCUCCAGAAGCAGCCCAAGAAGGUUCUCACGAAGAUUAUGCGCAGCAGGAAAAUGGCACAUGUUCCUCUCACAGCUCUAUCAGUAAUGAUUGUGCUCAACCUGGAUCUGGAAGCAAUCUAGCACCUCCAACUGUGCUGCAAUUUGCAAAGACUCGUAAACUAUCCGUUGAACGAACUGAUCCCAGAAGCCGUGCACUGCUACAAAAGCGCCAAUUCUUUCACUCUCACAGGAGCCCAGCCAAUGGCAUUGGAGCAAGUAUUUCAGAUCGGGACAGUGAAGAUGAAGUUGAUGACGACAUUGCUGAUUUUGAAGAUCGAAGGAUGCUCGAUGAUUUUGUGGAUGUGACAAAGGAUGAGAAGCAAAUUAUGCAUCUGUGGAAUUCAUUUGUGAGGAAGCAAAGGGUGCUGGCAGAUGGCCACAUUCCUUGGGCAUGCGAGGCAUUCUCCGAGCUUCAUGGACAUGACCUUGUACGAGCUCCUGCUUUGCUGUGGUGUUGGAGGCUAUUUAUGAUUAAACUUUGGAAUCAUAGUUCCCUUGAUGCACGGACCAUGAACAAUUGUAAUAUAAUCUUGAAAGAUUUCAGCAUCAGAGUUCGGAUCCCAAGCCAAGCUGAAAAACUUGAUUCGCUCGUUAGAUUGGUCAUUCCUGCAAUUGAAGCCACCUGAUUUGCCAAUCCCAUGCCCCUCUCAAUUUUUUGGGGCGUUUUUUUUCCCUAAAUAUAAAUGUAAGCAGUGGGAUUAUCAUUGUUUUAUGGGGGGUUCAUUGUUUUCAUUAUAGGACGGUUUUAAGGAAAGGAUGGGGAGGAAGCCGCCUUCACAGGGGAUGUACUGCAGUGUAUCAUGUCAUUUUUACAUGAAUAUUUAUAUUUUUUAGAACUUAAAAGUGAAAUAGUCAUUCAUUCUAAUACAAGUGAUUUACCUUUGAUA